CUGCAGAAAAUAAGUCAGCGAUUCUUCUGAUGCCGGGUAUGUCUGGAAAUUUCGUAAAAUGUGCAAGGACUGGUUUGUCCCUGGCGUUUAGCUGGCACUGAUUUUUCGUGACCCCCCUCUCUCCCCCUUCCCCCGGGCCGCUGUUUCCGACCCUUCUUGACAUUUUGCCAGCAAAACCUGCGAGAAAAAAUGCCUUUCUCGGGAGCCACACAAACCGUCUCUGCGUAUUAAAGCUCCGUUCGUAAGCGGAAUAGUUUUCGGUCCCCCAUUCCAUGCAACACACCGCGCUAUCUUUGCUAAAGAAACUGUGUGACUGUUUUCGUUCCCUUUUCAGCUGGGUCCGCGAUCUGCCAGACACUGCCGGUCGUUUUGCCUUUGUACCUUGAAAAAGAUUCAUCUUCCUUCUCCACUUCGUAGUUUAGCUGUCCCUGUCCACUGUAUUGUCCGAGAUCGCUCUCCGUAUCUUGCACGCGGAGCCCGUUUUCAAUUAGGUGGUCCUUGCCGCCUCUGCGCUGGUCGUUUUCACUUAUUCCGUCUGGUUGUACCUACAACGCGGUUACAUGAAAAUGUUCUUCGUGCUUGUGGCCGGCCGCAGCAAAUGCGGAACUGCUGAAAUUCCGUAGCCGACCAGAGGCAAGACUUAUUUUAUCAAUAGGCUGAAUAUUCGUUAGACGUGCAACCGAGAAACGUUCUGUUUUCUGGAACUAAGCGGAGACAUCUUUCUUCUUUCCUCUGCGUUCAACUCCGACUGUCGUCUUCGUGGAUGAAAAAGCGACCUUGAAGUACCGUACUAGCAGGACAAAGCUAUAUGGAAGAGACGCACAGGCAAACGACAAACGCUAGUGUGCCAGACAGACAGGUGACUCUGCGAGCUACUCUGGCGUCUUUUUGUUUCGACUUGGACGGUUACAGUCACGAUGCAAGAUUCGCCGCAGAGCAGCGCGGCAGCUUGUGGAGCAGCCGCGACAAUCGGUCCCGCAAAGGAAGACCAUUUUCUGCAACUCGUUCUUCGACUCACUGUCGAUGCAACCACCGCUUCGACUCCACACUGUCAGCUCUACUAUCUCAAACGUUACGCGGAGGAACUAACGAGGGAAGGCAAGCCCUUAAAGCUGGCACGAGCCGAUUUGGAGACAAUUCUCAUCAAGCGCAUCCAGGACGCUGCCAAAGAAGGCACUCCGAAUGUCUUCAGAUUCCUGGCGGACUGCUUCCACAGAGCUAAUGACGAGGUGUACAGCAAAGGCCUGCCGGCGGCUCUCCGUCCAGGUGUGGUGCAAGAGCUGCAACGCCAGCUGGUGGAUUACUCCGUUCUGCUUCUUUCGUGUCCGGAACUGUUCGAACUUGGAGACCCCCCGCCCUACGCGAUGCUUGGAGAGCAGCUGACGCAGUUCGUCGAGAUGGGCUGUCCUCUCUCUUUCUUUGCGCGCAUGGUCGACACUCUGGUGCAGCAGGGAACGGAGACAGGCGAAGACUUCCUGGGUCGCUGGUUUACGCCAACCAUUAAGUCUCUGUCUGAGAGGCUGAAUCUCCACAGCAUGACCGAAUAUAAGUCCGCUCCCCUCAACGCGCUCAAAUUCCUCUCGAGUCAGAAGGCUGUCGCGCGGUUGAUGGCUGACCCCGCCAUUUUGCUGCCUGAGUUUCCGCGCCGAUUCCCCGUGACGAAACCAGGUCUCUUUUACCAAGAGAAUUCCCUGCUUGGACGCCUCCUUGCGCAGACGCUUCUUGACGGACCAACUCUGAAAAACGGGCGCCAAGAGAGUUUGUCGAUGAAAUAUUUCGCGGGAAAUCAGGCGCUGACAACUCAGUACUUGCAAGCGACAGUCCAGACGCUCCGCCACGAUGAACAGAAUCAUCAGGAGGUUUUUCUCCAGAUCGUCAAGAAUUUGUGUCGAGGAGGCUCCGACUGUCGUCACAGAGUCGUGCAAUGGUACGGCCAGAUUUUGGGCUCGAACGAACUUCGCGCCAAGAUGAGUCACAUGCUGCGAAUGACGCAGCAGCAAGCAGCGGAAUCUCUCGACCCUAUGCACUCCAUGCUCCUCAAGGUUCAGGGACAAACGAGUUACGGCUUCACGCUCAACGCCUUCUGGUCGCUCCUCGGUCUAGCGGAACCCAUCAAGAUGGAUAAACUGUCGGAUCUUUGUUACUUUUUCUGCUUGCGUGGUGACGCCGUGGCGAGAGAGGUCCUGGGAGAUCUCGCGAAAGACGCGAAGCUGGGGAACGAGGCUUCCGUCUCUGCGGCGGAGAAGUUCUGCAACGCAAAGGGCGUUUUGAAGGCAGAAACGAAGUUUCCGUCAGAGGUUUUCUGGCUUGCUCUCAAGGCCGUCCGUGUGCUCUUCAAUCCGUGCAUGGCGGAGUUCACGAGAAUUCUUCAGAAGUUCCAGAGCGUCCACGAUCAAGGUGCUUCUCCAACGUCUCCGGAGUACCGCUUUCUCGUCGCCGAAAUCUUGUCUUGGCGCACGGUCAUUCUCCACCCGAAGUUCUGCUCGCUCUACUGGCACUUGGUGCAUCUCGGUCUCUCUUGGCUGCUGCGCGCAGUCUACUGUUUCAACCUUGACGGCUCGUGCAGGCUCGACGAAGAGACCCUGUCAGUCAAGCCCCCCCGUCUCGCGACACUCGUCAUGCAGUCUUGUCCGCCGCCUCUGCAGGUCGAGCGACAGCGCGCAGCUCGAGCGAACGCCAGCGGCAGCCAGUCUCCCAACCACGCUGCCAACGCUUCCCAAGACGUCACCACUCCCCCUCAGUUUGCAGCUCUGCCGAGCGCCUUGGUCGAGGACCUUUUCUCCAGCAUCCGACGGAUGCUCGAACUGCAGUCUGUCUACCUAUCUGUUCGAAGCUCGCAAGGCUUUGAGCAGCCGCCAAUUGCCGCGAUGGACGCCGAGCUCGUCGCCUCGGCCUGCAUCGCUGUCAUGACUGCCUCCGACUUCUUCCGGAACGUCCAUCUGCGCUGCGACGGCGCGUGCAAGACGCUCUACUUCAUGUUCCUCACCGAGGGAGUCCGAGACCGUCUGGAAAGCAUCCCCGUGGUGCAGGAGCACCUCGUCCGGGCGCUCACUGAAGUAUUUAUUGCCUCUGAACGUGGUUCCUACUACGACCGCAUCACCUUCCGGAUCCCUAUCGUAGACCUCUUUCAGAAGCUGCUCGUCGUCGACAACUACAAAGAGGCGCUGCACCGCCUCGGCUCGUCCAGCCCCGAGAAGUUCAUCCACAUGAUUCACUUGCUCCUCAACGACGUCUCCACCCUCGUCGACCAGGCCAUGUCUGCGUUGACGGAGAUCCGGAAGCGCCAACAUGAAGGCCGCGACCACGAUGAGCCUCCGCAGCCAAGUGCGACAACGGAGGGCGCAGCAGCUGAGGCGGCGGCGGCUGCUGCAGGAGCGAGCCCAAGUCGAUCGUCUUCUUCUGGGACUGAAGACGAAGAAGACGAGGAGGAAGAUGAUGCGGGGGCUUCUUUGGAAGGCAAUGCACAGCUGAGGCGGGAGACAUGGUCUCGCCUGGAGGCGACGACCCGCGAUCUUUGCAGUCUCGGCUUCAACGCAUGCAGCCUUUUCAGUCUCUAUGCCAAAGAGUGUGGCGCGUACAUCAUUCGCAGCUCGAGCAUUCUGCCUCAGGCUGUGACGACGCUGGACUGUUGUCUGGAUCAUCUGGUCGGACCUCGAUGUCUCCAACUCAAGGUCAACAACAUGGAAAGUUACAACUUCCAGCCUAAGAAGUGGCUCAUGAAAGUCCUCGAAAGUUACGUCUAUCUCUUGCAAGCGGACCCGGAGGGCGGGGAUUCCCUGGUGGCCGAAAUUCUCAAGGACGGGCGUUAUUUCCAAAAGGAAACCGUGAACAAGGCCUACAGGAUUGCGAAACGCGAGGGUCUGAUGAAUCUGAAGUUACUCGAAAAAUUCCAGGAGCUCGUCAAGCGGCUCUCUGAAGGCAAAGAAGAAGACUUCGAGAUCGACCUCGACGCUUUUCCGGCGGAGUAUCUAGACCCGAUCAUGGCAGACGUCAUGACGGACCCGGUCAAACUCCCCACGAGCAACAACAUCAUGGACAGGAAGCACAUUGAGAGACACCUCAUGUCGGAUCCCUCAGAUCCUUUCAACAGAAUGCCCUUGACGAAGGACGAGCUAAUUCCUUUGCCUGAGCUGCGCAAAGAAAUCAUGGACUUCAUCGCCACGCAACAAAAAGCGAAAGCGACCUAAGUCCAGAUACCCCGCAGGCAAAACACGCUCCGAUGCACAAGAAAACAUCGUUUCUUUGGUAGCCUUGCAUGUCAGGCAACCUUCAGAAACGUGGAAAGACUUUUUAAUCCUGUGGCUUGGAGGACGUACGACACAGGCGGCCUCUCCCCUGAGCGUCAACCGGACACAACGCAACCGUCUCAGCCAGACCACCGCCGCGCAAAGCUGGUCCACGUCUAUAUCUGCAUUCGCUAAUUCACUGUCUCACUAAAUCUUGUUUUGCUACAAUCCAAACAGGAGAAUGUGUGGGAGCGCGUGUUCUUGGUGCGGAUAUAUAUAUAUAUAUAUAUAUAUAUAUAUAUACACUGCGGUUGUGGGGGUGGGAGGAGGGAAGGAGCGCGUACAAGGGUGUAUUCUGAAGUCUGUGCUUUUGUUUGUCCAGCGUCUCCUCAUGCGUGCCUUUCUUCGGAUUCGCUUGUGUUUGUGCCGACUGUAGCCCCGAGAAACCGUUUUCAGGCGCUUCAGUUGAUGUGCAAGAGAGUGGAUUUGUUGGUAUGCAUGUAUAUUCCGUUGUGUAUCCUAGAUAGAUAUCGUAAGAUUGCAUCUGUUUGUAAAUUUACGAAUUUCUCUGCCUGUUUCAGCAAGACUCCGCUUCGGACGGGCUGUCAGCUGUUUUCCGAUGCGAGAAGGAAGGAAAGUAGACUUUUGAAAGAGGCGGGCGAGCUAGGAGAGAACAACACAGAAAACGAGUGCACUGGUCGCGUGAUGGGUGAAUGUCUGUUCUGUUUAUGGCAUUCCGGUGAGCGUUUGUAAAAAGGAGCUGGAGCGCCCUUGGAGAGGGAAGCUUUAGAGCUCAAUUUUGCCAUAGAAAGAUGGCAUUUAGAGGUCUUCUGUAGACAAAGCGGGAUGAGCUGGCGACUGCUCGCAUUAAAGGGCGGCAUGCGUCUAAUAUGUUCGCAUGCAGUACCAGUCAGAUAAUAACUGAAGCUAAACUUCUUGGUACACACGAAAAGGGGGAGUCUACGUUUAUGUAAGCUACCGUUGUCUGGGUAGUUCGUGUGUCAAGGCGAUGAAAGCGUUUGAGGCUUAUGCAUGUGGCAGAAUCUUGUUGUGUUCACAUCACCAGUUAAGGGAUCAACACAGUUUUAGUCGUGGCGACUAGGCGGACGGGAAAGGGGGGGAAGAAAAAGUGAGUGGGUCCCAGCAGAGGGAGUUCCAUCCGUAGGGCUUCUUGUCUGCGGGGUACUGUGUGCGGAAUCACAGGGUGUCUACUCCACUGGACUGACAUGGGUUGCUGAGUGGAAACGUGUUUCGCUUGACGAAACUCCUGCCAAAGUGAAACAUUUCUCGAGUUUCAAUGGCGCAGCA